GUGCUCGCCUCCUUCACUUCAAUGAGCAGUAUUGUUAAAAAAGUCCGUGCGCCGCUGAACGCUGGCGGACCUGGUCUGCGAGCGGAGCGAGUGCGCUGCAGGGAAACACCUCUGGGCUGUAAACUGUGCGGACAGUAACUCUGCGGCGGUGCAGGGAGAAGUUCUGGGACAGUUUUGGGGGCUUUGCAUCGGAGAGACACGCCGGCAAAGUGGAUAAAAGUUGCGAGUGGGAGCUGCUCUGAGCGUAUUCCCGCGGACGUUUGGAUUACUUUGCCAAGAGUCUCAAGCCCGUCAUCACCAUGUUGCGUUACUUCCUGCUGUUCCUGCUCUCUUCUGGUCAGGUGUUAUCCUCGGACUGCCCGGCAGACUGUUCCUGCCAGUCCCAGGCGAUGAUAUUCUGCAUUCAUCGACGCUCUAGCUCUGUGCCUCGUGUACCCACCACCACUCAGAAUCUCUAUAUUUUCCAGAAUGGCAUUGUUACUUUGUCUCAAGAUGACUUCAAAGGCCUAGUGGAGUUGGAGUUGCUCGAUCUGAGCCAGAAUGAGCUGGCAGAGAUUCCAGAUGGUGUAUUUGAGAUGCUGUCCAAACUGAAGAACUUAGAUCUGUCCUCUAACCACAUUACCCACAUUUCUAAAGACAGUUUCUCCGGGUUGGUGCAGCUGGAGAGGCUGUAUCUCCAUGCAAAUCGCAUUCAGAGCAUUCAUUUGGAAGCUUUCGAAGGUUUAGAUAUGCUACUGGAACUCAAACUGCAAGGGAACCAGCUCACCUCCCUGCCGUCCCUUCACUUCCCAAGGCUUCUUCUUCUAGACCUCAGCUACAAUAACAUUCCAACGCUGGGACCCUCAGACCUCCAGACUCCCCACCUAGAGGCCCUAAAAGUGGCCUCUUUGGGGCUUACUUCUGUGGAUGAGGAUCUCAUAGCAUCCCUGAAGAACCUCCAUGAGCUUGACAUCUCAGUAAACCAAUUAGCUGAGGUGCCUCAGGCCUUAAAGCAGGACUCCCUAAAGGGGCUGACCCGGCUGAGCCUGGCUGCCAACCCACUGGGCGAGCUGAGGGUAGAGGACUUCCAGAAACUAACUGGACUUCAAGAACUGGAUCUCAGUGGGCUUAAUCUCCAGGGAUUUCCCCAGAAUUUUUUCCUAACCUUCCCUAAGCUGGUGCACCUGACAGCAGCUGAGAACCCAUUCAACUGCUUAUGUCCAUUAGCAUGGUUCCCUGUCUGGCUAAAAGAGAAUGAGGUGACACUUGGGAGGCCAGAGGAAACCAGAUGUCACUUUCCUCUAGUUAAUGCUGGGAAGAUGCUUUCAGCGCUGGAGCACAAAGAUUUUGGAUGUCCACCAACCACAACAGUACUGAUUGCCCCCCCCAUUGGAAGUACUCCUGCUCCCCAGAUGCCAACCACAUCUCCGGAAGCCACCCAUACUAAUGCUAUUCCUCCUCCUCCACCACCUAGUGAAGAAACCAUCUCCUCAAAAACAGAUAGCUACCCCCUUCCACCAGAAGCCCCAGUCUCUCCUAGCUCCACUAGUGGGGAAUACGAGCAGCACAUCUGCCCACCAAACAUCUGCCUCAAUGGGGGUACCUGUAAUUUUGACCCACUUGGUCAACUCAGCUGUAUGUGUCCCUCAGGAACAUCUGGCCUCUACUGUGAAAAUGUGGAUGAGGUCCCUGAGCCACCAAAACCUUCAGCAACAACAGUUUCUGAAGUUGCCCCUGUGUUGCCUGAUAAACCUGAUGCCAUCAGCUCCCGGCAGGUGACCUCAACAUCAAUCCUUCUUGAUCUUCACAGAUUCAUCGAGACACGGCCACAUAUCCGUGGCAUCAGGUUGACUUACCGUAACCUUUCAGGGCCUGACCGCCGCCCCAUGAUACUAAGUGUACCGGCAUCCUACCCCGAGUACACUCUGCGUGGUUUGAGACCCAACUGUACCUACUCAGUCUGUGCCAGCCCCCUUGGUGAGAGAAUCAACUCUAGAGCCAACAGCUCAUGUACAGAGGCUCGCACUGAAGGUCUUCCACUGACAUCCUUAGAGCCCUGGGUGGAAACAAAGACUUCGGUGACAUACACUCUCAUUUCUGCUCUGGCUGCUCUAGCACUGGUGCUGGGAUUGGCUGUGGUGGCUGGGACGAUCAUUUGUCUACGAAAGAGGAGGCAGGCCAAUGCAGGAAUGGAGCUAGAACUAGGUCCAGCUGAUCCUGAUCCCAUGGAAUUGGAAGGGAUAAAGGCUUGCUUGGAGAAUGGGGGGAAUGGUACACUACCUCUCAAGCAGCCUGAGAUUGAUUGUUGUCACACUCCUCAGCAACCCCAGUUCUUGCAACAAAAUGGGGGUUUGGACUAUGAAGCACCUUUGAUGCAAGGUCAUUGUCCGUCAAAUAACAACGUAGCAUCUCUAAAGCCAUCUUAUUUCUAACACUUGGGGAGAUUUUGGAAAGAGUACCCAUCAGGACUUUCUGAUCCGGCUAUGGCUAACUUAGUGGUUAAAAUCUAAUUUUCAUUCCAAUUUCAGAUAUCCACAAUUUGAGAAGUGGCACUUAAUGUCUUUUGUUGUUCAAAUGAUGACACUACGCAAUGGAUGAUCUGUUUCAGAGACACUGAAUGAUGGAUUUAAGAUUACAGCACAUUGGAAAUGUGCAAAACCACUGUGGAACAAUGAAGAGGAUGUGGUUUAAAGUCACUGAGCAGAGUUUGAUGGUGGUGAAACUGAACCAAGUGAUUAAAUUAAGUGCAAUCGACUAGAAGGGUCUUAGUAGCAGACUGAAAACGGAAGUGCCUUUUCGCAUUGACACAACUGUACCUGACAGCUCAUUUAAAAAAAAAUAAAAAAAAGUCUUUGUAUUAAAGAAGAAACGAUGUGAAUGAGCUGCAAUCCUGUUGCUGGAUUUGGGAGACAUGGUAUGGAGAAAGAGCCUCAGUGUUGGGGCUACAGAACUGGAGGUGUGACAGUGGUUUAAAUGCAAACAAUGAUGCAGAUGUACACUUGCCUGGACCACAUGUCCCAGUACAAAUGUUGUUCCAACCAACUCCGACCACUCCAUGGGGACUAUAUAAAUGACUUGCACUGAAAGAAAGACUAUUUUUCCUCUCCAGUGUCCCACUUGCAGACUGCCAUAAAAUUGAUAGUCAUAAGGAAAUGCAAUAAAAGAAAACUUUUGAAAAUUAGCAAUACAUUGAUGACCUGAAAACUGUCUAAUCUGAAACCUCCAAGUUUCUUCUCACCCAGAUUUGGAUUCUUCAGCCUUAACAGAUGCACGAUAAUUCUCUCACUUCCCAUAGCUUUCGGCUUUAUGGGAGAUUUGCUGUGAAAGAUAAAUGAGAAUGGACUUUGCCUGCAUUGCUCUGUGCCGUGAUGGACAUGCUGUUUUGUCUAGUUGAUGUCAUGAUACUCUGUUUUUGACAUGUUUUUGUAUUUUUAUCUUGUUUUUUGCUGUUCACGUUAAUUUAGUUUUGCAUUGUUGUGAGUUGAAAUGUUAAUUGUUCCUGCUUAAAGAAGCCUACAUAAAUUAUGACAGAUUCUGAUCAUUCACCGUUUGCAUUUUAGGUUACACAUGGUUGAAACUUUUUUGAGCUACUUGUAGUGAAUGCAGAAGUUAAUACAAGUUCUUGGAAGACCAAAUCUCAGAGCAACCAGCAGUAGUUAAAUAUCUACUUAAAAAACAGUGAAGUCUCACAGUGUGUAACAGCUAUGUUGGUUCACAGCACCAAAAAUUGUGAGCUGCCGACAUUUCUUUGGCUUGGUUAGCUUGCAUCCAAUGAAUGUGACUCACAAGUUUCAUGUCGUGGUUCAAGUCUAGUGUUUGCCCACUGUUUUGUGGCACUUUUGCAUGCUGUUCUCAGUUGAUUUUUGAUAUUGUUUACUCGACAAAACAAAUUUUUCAGGUUAGUUGCAAAAAUUGUUUGGUUCCAUUUCGGAAGUGUCAUUGUUUGGGGUUAAAAUACACACAUGCAAAUGCUUUUCAGUUGAUGUUUACUUUUGCUUUGAGUCACAGAUUUCUGUAAUUUUCAGUUGCUUUGGUCUUCUGUUUACACUACAAAAUUACUAAGUUAAGUUUUGUUAAGUUAAGCACUGAAACUAUGUGACCAGACCUCAGAAUAGCCUCGAAAACACGCAAACAUUUCACAGUUUUACCGCCUUUUUUGUGUGACUAAUUUGCUUUGCACUGUGAAUCAAUGUAGCUGUUACAAUUUUUUUUUAUGAGACUGUGCUGGCUAACACGUAUAAAGGUAAAGAUUAAACUUAAAACUCAUCAUUACAUCAAGUACGAAAUGCUUUUUUGCCAACAUAUGCCUGAAGAACUCACCAAGUGAAUGUACCGGUUUAUUGUCAGACACUUUAUUCUCCCUGCCAAGUCUGCCGACGCUCCAUAAAGACAUGGUUAAGACAAGCCUCAGACUGUUUUUGAACACCAAAGCUUCCAAAACUGUGUUCAAAGGCCUUUUGCCUCAGAGCCUGCUCCUAUAAAGCAGCACACACGUGCCAAGAAAAGAAAGUAAGUUCAAAGAGAUUCAAGGCAGUUUGCAGUGUCAGUGAGUUUUUGGCACUAAUUUCCUCUCUGUCGUCCCAGAGAUAUGAUUCAAAUAGUGCUCCCCUCCAGAUUUUUCUUCCCUAAUAUCGUCUUGCUCGCCAUCCAGUGUGUUUUUGGUUCACACUGAUAACUGAGAGACUAUUUUGUUUGUUUUCUUCCAUCCAGACUGUGAAAUGUGCAGGCUAAAUGCAACAUUGUGGUGUAUUUGUUCCCUUUUUGCUGUCUGGGUCUGGGAAUGUGACAACGUUUCUGUAUUUUUCAUGUUCCCUUUUCUAUCUUUUCCCUAGAAAAAAAUCAGGAAAAUAAUUUGAUAGCAUUCAGUGUAAUAGGUUUACAGAGACGUGCCUUAGCAACAUUACUGCAGAGCCUUAUUGACAUCUUUUAGUGUCAUAUUGCAUGCUGAUGCGUACUUCCAGAACAAAGGGGCCUUUAUUUUGUCUUAAACUCAUUGUAUCAUAUUACUUUAUAAAGUCAAAAUGAAGAAUCAUGAAAUGUUGAUGAAUUUAGUCAGGCUUUAAAACAAUGACCUUACUCAAUGCCUGGUUAUCUAACCGCAGAAAGCUCAGAUGACUGAGCGUUAUCAGUUGGCUUGUUCAUUUGUGUGCAUGCGUGUGUGAGUGCGCCUGUUUUUUUGCUUCUACUCCCACACAUUGCUAAGUCCGUGCACAGCACUCCGGCACUGUCGAGAAUCAACUUACCACUUUUGGCAUCACUACUUCCUGUCAAUAUUCCAGCACAAACACACACACACACAGAUGCUCAUAUAUCUGCUUUCCUCCAACAUAUCAACUGGAAGACUCUCUGUGUUGCUUUGGGCAGUGAGAGGGGCAGGAAAUGUUUGAAAUAUUUUCAACAUGCUUGUUACAGUACCUUCCCUGUUCGUUUAGGGAACCUUGUCUUUUUUCUUAUUGUUGUAUGUCUGUCAGUUAAGUAGUUUGUCUGUAGAAUUUCUGUGUACAUUUUUUUUUUUUUGCCAGAAAAGCAAUGCUGAGAAAAAGAACAGUAUUAAAAUUCCCUAAUGUUUA